UGAACCUCCCAUGUGACGUCACGUGUCUCGCGGAGCCUCAACAGUUUCACUUUCAUUUAUCAGGAAGAAGCAGCGUCAGAGCCGAAAGCCAGCUGAAGGUUUUCUUAAAGGAAGAAGACUCAAAAUGUCAGCCAGUGACACAGAGGAGCCCAUGGACAUUGACAGUGGACCUGAAAUCAAGCCUGUGGAUACUACAUCCUCUGAAAAAGUGACUGGGUCAGAACCCAGUGAAGAUGACGUCACUAAGUCCUUAAAUGCAGGUCAGGAACCCGUAACAAAUACCUACACUUCUGCUGUAGAGUCUUCUGGGGCAUCAGUGAACCUUGGCGGCAUGAAAGUUCGUUCUGAGCAGCCUUCAACACCUCAUGAUACGUGUGCUGGGGGACCUAAAAACAAUCAUUUGGUUACUAUACCCUCUGAAAAGGUGACUGGGCCAGAACACAGUAGAAAUGACGUCACUAAGUCCUUAAAUGCAGCUCAGGAACCCGUAACAAAUCCCUGCUCUUCUGCUGGAGAGUCUUCUGGGGCGUCUCAAGACACAUCAGUGAACCUUGGCGGCAUGGAAGUUGUAACUGAAUCAAACAUAAAUGGAGUUCAAGUCACCCUCUCAGUCAAGUGGUCAGAGGGUAUUAAACCGAAGAAACGUAAAGUAGAACUCCAAAAACUUCUUCAGACUUGGGCCAACAGAACCAAAUGUGAUCGAGACUACACAGUUUUAAAGGUCUUAGAGGAUGGGAGAGCUGUGAUAGAGGUUAAACCUGCUCCAGCCUUGAUUGAGCUUCAGAAACUGAGUGGACAAACACUGACCAGGAAAAAAGAGGAGACAGUCACAAUAAUGUCUGUUAGUCUGACACUACCAGAGCUGGAAACACAAAUACCAGACAAUGCUUCACUGACUCUUCCUUCUUCAGCUGUGUCAAAGCCACAACAUGAGCAAAUGCAACUGUUGGAACGAAGUAGUUCCAGCAGUUCAGCAGCAGGAGAGGAGACAUCUCCUUUAUCUAUUCCAGUGGGUCAUUUCUGGUUUGUGAACCACAUCUACAAGGAAGAAAUUAAACGUAUCGAGAAAGAGAAUGGAGUUCAAAUCAAGGCAGAAGUCAAUGUGACAUUUGAAGCAAACCAGAAAGAUGGAGGCCAACCAAAAGCUCACUCUGACUUCAUUACUCUUGUCCAGAAGUGUUUAGGUGAAUCUGAAGGCUCAGUUAUUCCUCUCAAGUACAUAGAUCCAGAAGAGUUUAAGGACACACUGAAAAUCAUCCAGAGACCUGAGAGCAAACUUUUGCUUACUGUAUCCUCUGAAGAAAUGACCGUAUGUGGGCCAAGACAAAGUCAAGAUGCCAUCUGUAAGUCCUUAAAUGUAGCACAGAAAAACUUAAAUGCCUACACUUUGGCUGGAGAGUCUUCUGGGGCGUCUCAAGAAACACCAAUGAACAUUGGCAGGAGCAUUAAAGACUCUCUCGUUGAUGCUGGGUUAACCAUAGAGGAGAACUACUGGAAGCGGAUGACUACUAUCUUCAAUGAGGAUGUGUCUAAGAUCAAAGCUAAGUUUGGUGUGGACUUUAAGGAAUCUGGCAUCAGUCAAGGCAAAGUCAAAGUCAAAGCUUACUAUAAAAGAUCUGGAGGAAACGCAGCAAUGGAGAGCCAUGCUGUCAGAGCUCUUCUUCAUCUGUACCAGAAGAUUGCCACAUCAUCCAUGAACUUCACCCAACACCAUGGUGCCAUCGGGUUCAGUGGCUCUCUGUCUCGGUCAGAGGCCUCCAGUGGACCUGUGUUGAACAUACAAUCAGGAAACAGCACCGGCAACACUGAAGCACCCACAGGACAGGGAGCAACAGCAGGAGACAACAAAGAUGAAACCUGUCCGAUAUGCAUGGAUACAUUUACCAAUAAGAAACAGCUCAAGUGUAAACAUGAGUUUUGCGAGGAUUGUCUGGCACAGUCCAAGAAAAGCAUUGGACCCAUGUGUCCUGUAUGCAAAGAUGUCUUUGGUAUGAUAGAGGGAGACCAGCCACAUGGAAGAAUGUCAACAAGUAUAAGUAGCUCCUCCCUCCCUGGAUUCUUAUCCUUUGGCACUAUAGAAAUCACCUAUGAUAUUCCAGCUGGAAAACAGACGGAGAAGCAUCCAAAUCCUGGACAGUACUACUCUGGUAUUAGGAGAACAGCAUAUCUGCCAGACAACAGAGAGGGCAGAGAAGUGCUGCAGCUGUUGAGGAAAGCUUUUGACCGGAGGCUCAUUUUCACUGUCGGGACCUCCAGAACGACUGGGAUGGAGAAUCAGGUGACCUGGAACGACAUUCACCACAAGACCUCAACUUCAGGAGGAUCACAGAAUUUUGGGUAUCCUGACCCUGGCUACCUGAGCAGAGUCAGAGAUGAGCUGAAGGCUAAAGGUGUUGAGUGAAGACCUUAAUACAGAGUGGCUGAGGAGUUGUUUCCACACAAAAAAAAAAUUAUUAUAAAAGAUUAUUAUUAUUAUUUUUUUAAAUAAGUAAUUACUGGAAUGCAAAGACUAUUGUAUCGAAUGCUGUCUCUCUUCUUAUACUUUUUCAUAUAAACAGUAAGGGUUGCUUUGAGGUGCACUGGACAUUUACAACUAAAGAGUUUAUGGUUUAGUAACAUGUAUUACUUUGUAAGUAUAACUAUUUCUUGAUGUAGGAUUUCCUCAAUUCUUCCUCGAUUGAUAAAGUUUUUCAAUUUAUAAGAGUAUAAGAAUUGCAUUUGCAUCCAUAAAUGUAACUAUGUCUGCAGUAAACAUGAUCUGAUUUACUCCAAUAAAUCAUUAAACCAA